AUGAAGCACGUCGCCGCUUUCCUCCUCCUCACCCUCGCCGGCAACGAGUCCCCCUCUGCCGCCGAUGUUAAGGGUGUCCUCUCCUCCGUCGGUAUCGACGCUGAUGAGGAGCGUCUCACCAAGCUCAUCUCUGAGCUUGAGGGCAAGAACCUCCAGGAGCUGAUCUCCGAGGGUACCACCAAGCUCGCCUCCGUUCCCUCCGGUGGUGCCGGCGCUGCUGCUGCCGCCCCCGCCGCUGCCGCUGGCGGUGACGCUCCCGCUGAGGCCCCUAAGGAGGAGGAGAAGGAGGAGUCCGAUGAGGACAUGGGCUUCGGUCUGUUCGACUAAGCGGUUUCACCCAUCCGAGUCCAUGAAAAAUUGCGAUAAUUCGUGGGGGAACAGGAUCUGGAGUUGGGGGAAGAAAUUUGCCCAAGGAAAUGGUCAAGCUUGCAUAUUUCAGGCUUUCCUGAUGCAGUUACGAUUUAUGCAUACGUGAAGUUUAGCCAAUACAGAUUGUCUGACCUCCUCGAACUUCGUUUUAUCUUUGCUGGUAUUUUUGUAGUAUGUAAGUUGAUUUCUUAAAGAGACGGGCUUAUGACGGAUGGUUAAACGUUCGAGUACGAAGUAUACGCGCGCGAAAUCAUUUGCUAGAUUUCCCCAUUCAUCCCAGUAUCACGUAUCAAUUUGCGAAAGGAACAUGGUAAUAUGAC